GCAUUCUAUUAAAAUAAGCUAAAAAAAAAACAACUCAGUUAAAUGCAAUAAUACAUAGUUCAAAAGCGGACUCAAACCCGUUUUCCAUUUUUUCACUCACACACUGAGCUAACUUUUCCACUUGUCACUUGUACGUCACCAAAUACAGUCGAAUUUAUUAGCAGUGUCGUGAAAAACUCAUUUUUAUAAUAGAAAAACGUUAUAAUCAUUAAUAAAACCGCAUCACAAGCACAAUUAAAAGUAUAAUCAAGCCCGAUAUGUUUAAAAAUCAAACAAAAAUUAUUAAAGUUGUACGGAAAAGGACAUUGAAAAGUUCAUAUGAAAAAACUAUGAAUAAAGGAACCAAGAAAAGCCAAAAACGAGGGUGCUCCGCUGGCCACAGCAGCGCAGUCGCUACAUGGGAAAAGACUUGAAAAUGACGGUGUGUGUCUGUGUGCGUGAAUACAACUACGACAUUAACGAAAAUGAUGUGAGCCACAACCAUUUAGAGUGCACUGCCCUUAUGCUAGAGACAGCGCUGCGGCGUCAUUUUUUCUCUAUAGCUGCAUUUCGAUGUAUGCACAUGCACGUCUGCAUUUUGGUAUACAAAGAAAACAAGUCUCUUUGUUCUGCGCUUUGGCUGCUAUUGGAACGGAGAAAACGCAGGAUUAUGGCGAAGCCCGACAAGGCGUGGUACUGGAACUUCAUAUCGACAUGUAGCGGAAAAGUCGUGUUCAAUAACCUGCAACAGAAAAUGCAGGCAAGCUGAUAACAAUUAUGAAAGCAAUGUGAGUGCUGCCUGCAAUUAGUGAACACAACUGGCAGGAUUUGCGCCCAAAUAUCAAACUGCCUACGCCUGCGAAGGUAAGAAAUUAACCAUUGAAUGUGAGCCCGGCGAUCUGAUCAACCUGAUACGGGCCAACUAUGGACGCUUUUCGAUUACCAUAUGCAAUGAUCAUGGCAAUGUGGAAUGGAGCGUCAAUUGCAUGUUUCCAAAGAGUCUAACAGUGCUGAAUUCAAGAUGCGCAAACAAGCGAAGCUGCAGCGUUUUAGCUGCCACCAGCAUGUUUGGAGAUCCCUGUCCGGGCACUCACAAAUAUCUAGAGGCACACUAUCAGUGCAUAUCGGCUGCACAAACUUCAACGACAACAAAUCGACCAAGCCCUCCGCCUUGGGUACUAAACAAUCCCUCACCGGUCUUUGGCAAUGGCAGUGGCUUUAUUCACCCACCGAAUGGCGCAGCAGCUGCGCCUCCACCGCCUCGUUUGCCCACAUUGCCGGGCGUGGUGGGCAUUAAUGGCAAUGGGGGGCUGUUCAAUGCGAUGCCACCUACAUUUACAACACCAGGUAAUGCGGCCGCUAUGCCUGGAGGACGCCUAAAAGGUACCAGCAGCACGACAACUACAAAACAUCCGGGCAGCAGGCAUGAAGGUGUGCCUCCUCCCCCACAAAUACAUCACCAUCACCAUUACACGGAUGAGGCCGCUCAUCAUAAGGGCGUCGAACCCACCAGGGCAAGCAGUGGCAUCCUGCCAAAUACAAUCACCAAUGCCACAUCACCGUCCAAUACACGUAUUUUAACCGGCGUUGGAGGAGCUGGCAGCGAUGAUGGCACCCUCCUGACCACCAAGAGUGCACCCAGCCGUGCAUCUGCCACUGCAGCCAGUGUACCUACGGGUAACAACGCUAGUUUAGGUGGCGGAGGUACAAUGCGUACUAUCAAUAAUAUUAAUUUAAACGCUGCUGGCAUGGCCGGUACCGGUGAUGAAACAAAAUUGUUCUGCGGGCCCACCCAUGCUCGCAAUCUUUUCUGGAAUAUGACCCGCGUGGGUGAUGUUAAUGUACAGCCCUGUCCUGGUGGUGCCGCUGGCAUUGCCAAGUGGCGUUGUGUCCUCAUGAAACGUGAGCCUGAUACUACUUAUGAUGAGUACGAUGAUGAUAGUGUUGUGUCUAGCACAACGACAACGCCAGCACCGACUUCUGGUGAUUGUGUGCAUAACAGUAGCAGCUGCGAGCCACCCAUAACAAUGGCGCAUAAGGUGAAUCAACGGCUACGCAAUUUUGAACCCACUUGGCAUCCUAUGACGCCCGAUUUAACACAAUGUCGCAGCUUAUGGUUGAACAAUCUGGAGAUGCGUGUCAAUCAACGCGACUCCUCGCUCAUAUCCAUAGCCAAUGAUCUGUCCGAGGUAACGAGCAGCAAAACGCUCUACGGCGGCGACAUGCUUGUGACUACCAAGAUUAUACAAACAAUGUCAGAGAAAAUGUUUCAUGAUAAGGAGACAUUUCCAGAUCAGAGGCAACGCGAAGCUAUUAUAAUGGAGCUGUUGCAUGGUGUGGUAAAAACCGGCUCAAAUUUACUGGACGAAUCGCAGUUGUCAUCGUGGCUAGAUCUUAAUCAGGAAGAUCAAAUGCGUGUAGCUACUUCAUUGCUGACUGGCUUAGAGUACAAUGCAUUUCUCCUGGCUGACACCAUCAUUAGAGAACGCAAUGUCGUGCAAAAAGUUAAGAAUAUAUUGCUCUCUGUGCGGGUGCUUGAAACUAAAACCAUUCAAUCAAGCGUUGUCUUUCCCGAAUCGGAGCAAUGGCCUUUAAGCUCUGACCGAAUCGAGCUUCCACGGGCAGCGCUCAUAGAGAACAGUGAGGGUGGCUUGGUCCGUAUUGUAUUUGCUGCCUUUGAUCGCUUGGAGUCGAUCCUAAAACCGACCUAUGAUCACUUUGAUUUGAAGAGCUCACGUAGCUAUGUGCGCAACACAGCCAUUUUAGCCAACGACAGCGAUAUCAAUGGAGAUAUGCAACAACGCAUACGCAUUCUUAAUAGUAAAGUAAUCUCGGCCAGUCUGGGAAAGGGUCGUCACAUACAACUAUCGCAGCCCAUCAAACUAGUACUGAAGCAUUUGAAAACUGAAAACGUUACGAACCCCACCUGCGUAUUCUGGAACUACAUUGACCAUGCCUGGUCUGCCAACGGUUGCAGUCUGGAGUCUACAAAUCGAACACAUAGCGUUUGCGCCUGCAACCACCUGACCAACUUUGCCAUACUCAUGGAUGUUGUGGACGAGCAUCAGCAUUCCCUAUUUACCAUGUUUGAUGGGAACAUGCGCAUCUUUAUCUACGUUAGCAUUGCAAUAUGCGUGAUCUUUAUCGUCAUAGCGCUGCUCACACUCAAGCUAUUUAAUGGCGUUUUCAUUAAGUCUGCACGCACCUCGAUCUAUAGCAACAUUUAUAUUUGCCUGCUUGCCAUUGAGCUGCUUUUUCUCCUGGGCAUUGAACAGACCGAAACAAGCAUAUUUUGUGGUUUCAUAACCAGCUUUCUCCACUGUGCCAUACUCUCGGGCACUGCCUGGUUCUGCUAUGAAGCCUUCCAUUCCUAUUCUACGCUAACCUCUGACGACCUCUUGCUCGAGGUGGAUCAGACGCCCAAGGUGAACUGCUACUAUCUACUUUCGUAUGGCUUGUCACUGACUGUGGUGGCCAUUUCGCUAAUGAUUGAUCCUAGCUCAUACACCCAAAAUGAUUAUUGCGUGCUUAUGGAGGAGAAUAAACUGUUUUAUGUCAGCUUUGUGGCGCCAGUUUUGCUCUUCUUUGUGGCUGCCGUUGCGUACACCUUCCUAUCGUGGGUAAUAAUGUGUCGUAAGAGUCGCACAGCGCUUAAGACCAAGGAGCAGACACGAUUGGCCAACGUUCGCUUCGAUAUACGCUGCUCAUUUGUAUUUCUCCUACUGCUAAGCGCCGUCUGGUGCUCGGCCUACUUCUAUUUACGCCAGUCUAAAAUGGAUGAGGACAUGGCCAGCUUCUGUGGCUACUGCUUCAUAUCAUUUAACACACUCCUUGGCCUGUACAUUUUCGUAUUCCAUUGCAUACAGAACGAGAAGAUACGACGCGAGUACCGCAAGUAUGUGCGUCAGCAUUCCUGGCUUCCAAAAUGCUUGCGCUGCUCCAAGACGUCUAUAUCAUCGGGAAUUGCAACGACCGGCACUGGAGGCAUAGGCCUGGGAAAUGGAGGCAACGGCGGCACAUUGAGUAGCAACUCAGCCUCGACCGGCACUCAUGCUUUGAAAAAAUCGAAAUUGCCGCUGAGUGACGGCGAUGAAGCGCAGGAGGAGGAAGAUGAACAGGAUGAAAAUGGUGUGGCAAUCACCGAAGAAGCCAUUAUGGGCGCGACCUCCGAUUGCGAACUUAAUGAGGCCACGCAACGGCGCACACUCAAGAGUGGACUCAUAGCGGGCACAUUACUACCAGCAUUGCAGCACCAACAACAACAACUACAGCCGGUUGUCGGCAAUCAUUCGGUGCACGAACGCAACCUUGGCAUGACCAAUACAAUGCGAUCUACAGGCAUGGCCAGCGCUGGUCACACCUCACCAACUUCUUCCGCCGACUCCACUAACUUGAUUUUUGCCCAGAAGCAACAACAACAACAGCUACAGCAACCGUUGCAAGGUGAAGCCUAUUAUCAUCAGCCGGACUAUUAUAGUUGGAAGCAGCCACCACCACCAGGCAGCAUGAAGGCACGAGAGGCUCCCGGGGAGUAUUACAACAAUGCCGGAUCGCCCCAGCAGUCUCAUGAGGUUUUCUACUGGACUCAGAAACACAACAACCAGAAUGGCAAGAAGAAACGCGGCGGGGGUAGUGGCAGUGGUGCUGGCACCGGUCCAGAUUCGCCCAGUGGUUCGCUACACAGCCGUACUACAGCGGCCUCUCAGGUAGUGUUCUAUCCAUCGUAUAAAAAGACAAACGGCGGUGCCCCAAAGCCAACCCAAACUUAUCCACAUUAUGCUGAAGCACCAGAUCCAAAUAUUGCCGCCAAUUAUUACCACCACCAGCAGAAGCAGCUGCAGCAACAACAACGCCAUCUAACUGCUCGACAGCAACAACAGCAGCAACAGGUCUCCUCGGAUGAAGAGCAACCUGAGCAUGCAGCGGCCCAUGCGCAUUUGCUCCAUUUACAGCACCAACAACAGCGUCGAACCGCCGGUCAACAGCAGUUGCCACCGCCGCCACCGCACAUGGCGCAGUAUCAGCAUGAAUACCUUGCCGGUGGCGGAGGCGGUGGAGUGGGUCUGUCUGCACAGCAGCAGCGCCACUAUAGAAAUAAGCAUUCCAACUGUGAUCUUAGCCAGGGCAUCGGCGGCGGCAGCGAUGCCUACUACAAUCAAGGAAGUGCCGAUGGCGGACCUGUCUACGAGGAGAUCUUGAGCAAUCGCAACUCGGAUGUGCAGCACUAUGAGAUGAACGACUUUGAUGUGGACGAAGUGUACAACAACAGCGUCGGCACUGGCGUCUUUAAUAACAUGCGCGCUACGGUGGCUGCGUCGGGCAGCCGAUAUGGUGGCAGCGUUAGUGGUGGCAGUGUGUCGUCUAGAAAUCAACCAUUGCCACAGCAGCAGCGGAACGGGCGACGUUGCACAGCGGAUGAGGAUGAUGACAAUGAGGAUGACGAUGAGGACGAUGAAACGGCAGAAGAUAUGCAAGAUAAUGACAGCGUCUGUGAUGAGAGCGAUAUGGAUGAUGAUUCGCAUGGCUUGCCGCCACAAAGCGAUGAGCGCAUGCGUCGAUUAAUGGCGCUGCAAGAUAAAGACUUCCAGAGGCGAUUUCAACGCCAACUGCGAAAAAAUGGCGUACCCUUGGAUUAUGGGGCGCCAGGAACAACUGCACCCACACACGAACAGAACGGUGCGGUUUUUGGGGUUAGCGGCGGCGUUGGUGAGGGAUCCAUGCGUGGCGGAUAUAGCCACAAACAGCAGGCAAAAUCCCCCAGCGCACGUGUAGCGGUAAACGAGCUAUUCGGGCAUCACAAGAAUGCCGGACCGCCAUUACCACCGGCCAAUCAGACGCCAGCACAGAAGCGUCAGCAACAAUUACAGAAAUUAUCACCGCAGUCCACAACAUCAUCGUCGUCGCAUACAUCACACAGCACCCCCCAGCAUCAGCAGCAGCAACAGGCUCGCCAUCUUUCUGCCAUGCUGGAUGAGAAUAAUACAGUGCGCUGCUACUUGGAACCAUUAGCCAAGUGAACACCUACCUAGUAUAUCCAUACCCUCCACACAGGCAGACACACAACUGUAUAAGUAGCCGCUGCAUAGUAGCAGAGCAUCAUAGGCAAAAAUUGUAGCUUAGGUUUAGCUAUAUACUUAUAUACAUAUACAUACAUAUACCUAGUAUUAGUCAUUAGUCGAAUAGUAUGGAGCAUUAUGUAAAACAACAUGCUACACGUGCAGUGAUUCGAGAAUCCCAAAACUUUAUAUAUGUAUGUGUAAUAAAUCGUAGAAUAAGCUACCGAAACACUUGACUUGACGUCGCAGAAAUAAUCAGCAGCCGAAGGAAUGGAUUCGGAAUAAAUUCAAUAUCGAUGUAUAUGUCCCUUAGUCGUUUAGCAAUAUAAUUAGUCUGCAGUUGCGCAUGCGUUUUAUACCAUUCGAUAUAAAUGUGUGUAAAGUAUAAAUAUAUGUAUAUGAAAUUAUAUAUGUAUGUAAGUGCAUAUAUUUCACCACAUGCCAUUUUUAAUUAUAAAUAUAUAGAUGCGUACAUGUGUACAAGUUAUGAUUUAAGAUCCGAAAACUAUAUGUACAUGAAUAAUAUA